UGGUCAGUAUUUAAUUAAAAUGUAUUUUAUGUUAGUUUGUUAGCUUUUGAAAUGUAAUUCUAAAUUUGAAGAUUAUGGUGAUCUUGUACAAUCUAAGUGUGGCGACACAUUUUCUGACACAUCCGAAACGGCUCACAAUUAGCCAGCAUUCCGGCUAAGGGAGAUAGCCUACGGGGGUUUGUGAGUACGCGUCUUUUGCAGCAUCUGCGUCCAUGGGGGCUGGGUUGAGGGAGGCUUAAAAGCAAGGCUGUUUAGUUCGAAUAAAGCUAUCUUUGACUGCAGUUUACUGACACCGCUACAACGUGUUUUUAUCGCUGGCUGUCCAGACGGAAGGUGCUGAAACGCUUUGUCGCGUGUCUGGAAGAAGUGGAAGCUUUCCAGGGCAGCAAAGGGCUCACCUUUCCUGAGCUGGAACAGCCAGAGUGGCUGGAAAAGCUACACUUCAUGGUAGACAUGACAGCGCACCUGAACACGCUGAACACAGCUCUUCAGGGGAAAGGACGCACAGCCCUGCACAUGUUGGAGGAUGUUUUGGCAUUUGAACGCAAGUUGACAGUGCUUGCCAGAGAUUUACAGAAAGGCACAUUGUCUCACUUCCCCAAUUUGAGAGAGUUCAAACAAGGUCACGACAUGAUAAUUUCGGAGUAUUUACAUUCUGCAAUCAUCGCAAUGCAAACAUCGUUUGGGAAACGCUUCUGUGAGUUCAGAGAGGAAAAAAACACAUUAUCCUUCCCGGUCACUCCCUUAAGCAUCGAUCCUUCCCUACUGAAUACGACUGCAUUGGCAGGUGUGAGUCAACCUGAUCUUGAGAUGGAACUGGCCGACAUAGCCGACAAAGACAUAUGGGUGUCCAAGUUUAGACGCUUGACAGCAGACCUUGAAGAUGUUGCCCGUCAGAAGGCCGUUCUUGCUCAGAAUCACAAAUGGAGUGAUAUUGAAAACCUUCCAAAACCGGACAAACUUGUGUUCGAAACAUGGAAUGCUAUGCCCGACAUUUAUGUAAACAUGAAAAAGUAUGCGCUUGGAGUCCUGUCGAUCUUUGGAUCCACAUAUGUAUGUGAGCAGGUGUUCUCCAACAUGAACUUUAUUAAAAACAAACAUCGCGGACGCCUCACAGAUGACAGCUUGCGAUCCUGUGUAAAGAUGAAGGUGACGUCAUACAGCCCUGAUGUGCAGACGCUGUGCGCUGAGGUCCAGGAGCAGAAAUCCCAUUAACCAAGCUGACAGCUGGCUGAUGUUAUUUUUGGUUUGCUGCUGGCGGAAAAUUUAAGUUCGGCGUUUUUCAUAAAUACAAGAAGGACUCAAAUAGACGUUGAGUAUUUUACUUAAAAGUAACCUUCAACCCAACGUCUUUUUUUCGGAGUUCAAAAUGUUUUUGUUGCAUGCAGAAAUGUAAUUUCGUUUUCUCUGCAGGAGUUCAUCAAUUUCAUAAAUGCAACACAUUAUAGUUUGUUUAUACAUAGCAUAAAGGCAAAAAAAACGUUGUAUGCAGUGUUAUUUCAUUUUAAAUGUCAAACGGGUUUUGCGGCUCCCAGUGUUUUCUUUUCUGUGGGAAACGGGUCCAAGUGGCUCUUUCAGUGGUAAAGGUUGCUGACCCCUGCCCUAGACAAACGAUAGAGCUAUUGCUUAAUUGAUGAUUAUUAUUAUACCUGUGUUUUUAGAUUGAGUAUUGACGACAUAUUUUAUCUGAAUGUCUGUAUUAAUCUUAUUUUUGUGCCCCUUUAUAAAUAAAGACUUUUAAAAAUAGUACCAUCAGACUUCAACGGUCCUCUCUAUCUUUGCUGGUAAGUGACCCAGUUAUGGGGUUCGUAACAGAAGCAAGAGUGGAUAUCAGACUGCCGGAAAACGAUGCUGGAGAGGUAGUAAUGGGGGACAAUGAAAUGGCGGAUGAACUGAAUAAGUAUUUUGCAUCAGUCUUCACUGCGGAAAAUGCUAGCAGUAUGGUGGAAGUUCCAAGUAUCGGGGCAUGAAGUUUGUGAAGUUGCUAUAACUAGAGGGAAGUUCUUGGGAAACUGAAAGGUAUGAGGGUAGAUAAGUCCCCUGUAUUAGAUGGUGUACACCCCAAAAUUCUGAAAGGGGUGGCUGAAGAGAUCG